GACAAAGUCAUAAGAUUGUCCUGAUAAAAUCUAGACUUUCUGGCAAUGUUUUCAUCUCAAACUCACUGGGAAAUACCACAAAAUAAUUUUAGAAAUCCAUCACUUGGACCAAAUAAUACGAUUUACGGGCCUAGUCGCGGUUUGCGACCUGUUAAAAGUAGAAAAAUGGAUGAAAGCGAAAAGAAGAAAGCACCGACCGUACCACCAAGACCACCAAAUCCAAGAGAUAGUCGAAAUGCUUAUUCAAAUUAUGGCUAUGGAGGUAAUUAUGGCGCUUUUAACUCUGGCUACGUCAAUCCAUAUUCUGGUAUGUAUGGCAAUGGAUAUGCGGGAUUUAAUGGAUACGGAGGGUAUAACUCGUACAAUAGUAUGUAUGGAGGGGGAUAUGGUUCUGACAGAUAUGGUUACAGUAAUAAUUCUUCAAAUUCAUUUGUUGAACAAGCUGAACAAAAUUCGCAAAUAGCAUUUGACUCUGUACAUUCAAUUGUUCGAGCGUUUGGCUCAAUAGCUAUGAUGUUAGAAUCUACAUUUUUUGCUGUGCAUAGCUCAUUUCGUGCCGUACUUGGAGUGGCAGACCAUUUUACCCGAUUACGAGAAAAUCUUGUUCAAAUUGUUGGCGAAAACUUUGUUAUAAAGUGGGUACGGAACAUUUUUCGAAAGAUCAUGGUUCUGAUUGGCCUACGUAAUGCGAAUAGCGUGGAAGAGGUCUGGAACGAGAUCAAGUUGAUAACUAAGGACCAUAGGGUUAAACAGGGUCAAGCGUGGAAAUCAUGGCCUUUGUUGUUAUUCUUCGGUGUUGUCUUGGGGACACCAUGGUUGAUAUGGAGAAUAUUGUCAUCACUAGGGGAUAACAAUGUCAACGAUUGGAUUACAGGUGAAGGGGAACAUGUUUUGGGAGAAGUUUUAUACGAUUUUGUGGCUGAAAGGGAUGAUGAACUUUCUAUUACUGCUGGUGAAUGCUUGAGAAUAGCACCAAAACAAAAACAGCCAAGGAUAAGAGGUUGGUUAUUGGCUACAGUUGAUGGGAACACCAAAGGAAUAGUACCAGCCAAUUAUAUCAAGAUUUUGGGUUUCAACCGGGGUAGUAAAGCCAUGUCAUCUAAUGAUGUUCAAAAGACCACAGACAGCUCACAGACAAAUGAAAUAAACGGAAAUUCAUCAGAGCCUUCAAGAGCUACAGACUUUGAGGAGGUUUACGAUGAAACACUAAUAAACAAUACCGAGCAAGAUUAUAAUGGACUUUAUAAUCAUGCCAAGCAAAGUUUAGUUGAUAUUGCAAAGGAUCCCCUCGACUCUGAUAGUUAGUAUAUUUACAAAGUCAAUGGACUCUUUUUGCUUUCACUCAGUUCCAAUGCUUUGUGUAAUUUUUUUCGUCAAAACUCACCACUUUGCCGACUGCUAGGAUAGAUCUCACAAACAUUUGAAAUGUUGUAAUUUCUAUCAAAAAUGAGGAAAAGUUUUUUUAGGAAUUUUUCAAAUUUCCUCUUAUCAAAGACAAGUUAAUGAAAAUUACAUUAGAUUUCACAGGGCCACACUCAUAUGACUGCCACAAAAGAUUAGAUCUUUUAAAUUACAAUAAAUACCUCUAAGAAAUCAAUUCUCUAUCUCUAUAUAAAUUAAUAUAAUAAAUAGCUUUAUGUAUUGUUUUACCAAAAUUAUGAUUUUGAUUGUCAGCUA